UUGGAGUCGACUUGCGCACAGGAGAGACGGUGGCCGUGAAAAUCAUGUACAAGGACAACAUGAGCGCGCGGGCGGCGCAGCAACUGCGGCGAGAAAUCACAUCAAUGAAGGCGCUGGAACACCCGAACGUACUACGGCUCAAGGACGUCCACGAGAGUUUGACGUACGUGAAGAAAAAUGGGCUGGAGAAGGAGGUGGUGAUACUUGUUUUGGAACUUGCGGUAGGAGGCGAGCUGUUCGACUUCAUGAUGUACACAGGGGCAUUUCCGGAGGUGAUCGCGAGGACGUACUUUUGUCAGCGCAUGCCGCAAUGCCCACGCGACAGGCGGACUUGAGGGAGUUAUUGUACAUGUGAUGAGCGCAUGGGAGGAGUAAUCGUACCGUUUGCUGUGUCGGUGGUGGUGUCGUUUUUUCCAAGAGGGUUUGUCAGGAUUGGGCAGUCCGCGCUGUUACAACUACCGUUUCAGUCGUUACACAGCAGUACUCAUGUUGGUUUGUCGGAAUGAUCAUACGUUCUUACCGGUUGGAUAUGUACCUGAGAGACGAAAACAGGUUGGAUGGGAAGCAUGACCAUGUAUUGAGGAAAUAGAAACCCUCAAUAAGGCCGGGUGCACGGUAUGAAAGGCCGGUCUAACCUCGUGGUACUAUGCGGCCUCAUAUCGGGCAUACUGCUGUCGUCAUCCCUCGAGGGUGUUUCCAUGGAUUGUGCCGGAGUGAUCCUGCAG